CAUCCCUUCCUUCUUCUUCUACUGUUCUGGUACUAUGGCGCAGUCUACGGUCUCUAUUGACAAUGCAAAGCUGCAAGAUGAAGGCGCUGAUCAAUAUGUGCAAGCAGUGGGGCUAAAAGGAGGGUCUAUUACAGAAGGGACUACAAAGGACAAGAAGGACAUCCAGCAUUUGCUGGAGUAUUGGCACGAUGAUAUCCUAGAUGACACCAGGCUUCCACAGAGAACUCUACUUGGUCCGUUCAAGAAGAAAGAUGGCUUCUACAAGGAUGGAUGGAGGCUUGACAGUCAAAGUAAUGGGCCCUUUGUGAAGUUCCCUAAAGAAGAUCCCAACACUAAGUACCAGAAUUUUGCCAUCCAGUGGGAAAAGUCAGUCUUUUCAUGUGUGGUUGCUCCGCUCGGCCAAAACCCCCGACCUGCCAACGCUCUUAUCAUAGAAGCAUAUAAUAAUAGCCAGAAGGAGUUAAAGGUGGCUGUUAUCAAGAGGAAGUCUGGAAACACUUGGGAGAUUGUGAUGGAAAAGUAAUCUCCCAUGUUAAUUAUGUUUGUACUAUAUUAUUAUGCUUGCUCUGUUUCAUUCGCAGCUC